ACAGAGCAUUAGGUGAAAUUCUAAAAUUCGAUUGAUUUCCGUCUCUCUACUCUCGUUGCUUUGCUUCGUGCCGUCGUGCGUCUGACCUAAUCAGCAAUGACGAAGAAGAGGAACAAGAAGAAUAGAGACGAGGAAGCUUCCAUGGACGUUUCUGAAUCUCAGAGCGUCUCUGAAGCUACUCCUCAAGUGAUGGACACUACGGAGACCGGUGACGGGAAACUAGCUUCUCGUGCUCGUAGCUUGAUGAGCACGAGGAAAGGAAAACCGAUGAAGAGAACGAAGAUUGCAAUGAAUAUGAAAGCUGUGGCUGUAGCCAUGGACACUACGGAAACCGGUGACGUGAAACUAGCUACGGAAACCGGAGACUUGAAAGUAGCUACGGAAACCGGAUACCUGAAACUAGCUACUCUUUCUCGUAACCCGACAAACAUGAAGAGAACAAAGAAUGCAAGGAAGAUGAAAGCCGUGGCUAAAGCUAUAGCGUUGAGCGAGAAGUAUGAAGCGAAAGCUACAAAGGACAAAACCAAAACCCUCAGAACUCUUUCGGCCAAGAAAUUGUACGAGUGAUUUUGGUUAAAAGGCUACAAAAGAAGGAAAACAGUUAUAAAUUUUUGAUAGUUCGAUUUGUCUAUUUUGGUCUUGUUAACGUUUAUGUUUUCUUCUAGAAAGAGCUUUUGCAAUUUUGUAAUCUCCUUAAGUUAUCGACCUAUAGAAGUUACGAGUGCUUAUGGAUUUUGACCAGAUGGUAAAAUAUAUUCUUUAGCAAGACUGGUUUUCUU